AUGGUUGAAACAAAAGGUGCGAAGGCUCCCUUCCUUUUACCAUUAUAUAAAGUUUAUGAAAGCAACAAUAUAUUUUUUUGUUACGGGAACAUCAUAACAGGGCCUAACAUAUUUUUUCUUAUUUUUACAUAUUUAAUUAUAAUUAUUACUAUUUUACCUAUCUAUUUAAUUAUAUAUUCUCAAAUAGAAAGUUCUAUUUUAUGUUUUUUUUCUAUUUUUAUAUUAACAAUCUUCUUUAUUUUAGUUUUAUACUUUUUAACAAUAACAGCAUUUUGUGAUCCUGGAAUAAUUCCAAAAAAAAAUUAUGUUGAUUUGUCAAUACCCAAAGGAAGAACUGCUUUUACUACUACUAAUAUAAACGGUACGAUUAUAAAGCAGUAUUGGUGUGUUCAUUGUAAUCAUUUUAAAGAACCAAGAUGUAAACAUUGUUAUAUAUGUAAUAACUGUGUUACUAAAUUUGAUCACCAUUGUGUAUGGAUAGGGAAUUGUGUAGGCAAUAGAAAUUAUAGAAGAUUUGUUUUUUUCAUUUUAAAUUUAUCUAUUCUUUCUACAAUAAUUUGUUUUAUUUUUAUUGGGUUCUUUAUUCGUCUUUGCAUAAAGGAAUACGAUUCAAUAAAUUUCGAAUCUAUGUAUUAUAUAACAAAGGAACAUUUACAUAUUGCAUUAUAUAUUAUAUACACAUUACCUGCAUCCAUUUUAUUAAUUAACUUAUUUUGUUAUCAUUUGAAAAUGAUACUAUGCAAUAAAACUACAUAUGAAGAUAUUCAAGGUUUAUAUUCAAAUAAUAAUCCUUUUGAUGAAGGUAAAGUAAAAAAAAAUGUAUAUUUACCAAAUAUAUCUAUUUGGCAAGUAAAUUGGAAAGAAAUCGUAAAAGUAUCGGUGUAA